AUGUCUACUGUUGAUGGCAGACAAACAGCCUCAUCUGAUUACGGACUCUCGCGACCCUCGAUGGCCACCAUCGAAGCAGAACGCAACUUUGAGACUGCAACAUUGAAUUCAGCUCAUCCACGAUCAUGGCACGCUGAAUUUGUCUUUGUUUCUCGGAAAUGGAUAAAACAACUCAUUGGUAGCAAUCCGUUCAAGAGCUCUUACCUGGAUCUAUUCAGACUGGUCAAGGAUGCAGAGUCGCGGGCAAUUCUGGGUGCUGGCAUAAUUCUGGCCAUCGCUGCAGGUACUCCGCUUCCCAUCAUUGGCUACAUCUUCGGACAAAUCAUUACGUCGUUUCCACCGCCAGAGGAUGUGUUGCGCGACAGGCUGUACCAACUCAUCGGAGUCGCGUGUGGGUACUUCAUUGUCACGACUGGUUACGCAAUCGCCUGGGGCUUGACCGGAGAAAGAAUUUCGCGUUGCUUCCGUGUGACUCUUGUAGAGCGUCUGCUUGGUCUUGAGCAGGCGUACUUCGAUAUCAAUGACCCGGACAUCACCAAUCUAUUGACCGAAAAGAUUGAAGCUAUCCAGAUAGGGACUUCCGAGAAAGUUGGCAUCUUCAUUCAGUCAAUCAGCUAUUUCGUUGCGGCAUUUAUUGUAGGAUUCAUCCUGAAUGCAAAACUUACCGGAAUUUUGUUCGCUGCCGUUAUUCCUCUCAUGACUAUCAUCGUUGUCAGCGGCUCUUCCAGGAUCGCGAAGUACACAAAAGCGGCUACACAGCACACCGAAGCGGCAGGUAGGGUUGCUGAAAGCGCUAUCCAUGCCGUCAAGGUUGUCCAAGCUUUCGGGAUGGCCGACAAGCUCAGCGAGGAACACUAUCGCCUUCUCAAGCUGUCAUCCGGAUGCGCAAUUCGAAAAUCCAUUUCUGCUGCUCUUAUGCUUGGCCUGGUCUACUUUACUGCGUACAGUGCCAACGCAUUGGCGUUUUGGGAGGGAUCACGGUUGGCAGCAGAGUCAGGCACAAACAAUGCAGGAACUGUCUAUGCUGUGGUCUUUCUAAUCAUAGAUGCUUCAUUCGUUGUUGGUCAGUUUGGACCAUUCCUUGGAUGUUUUGCGAGUGCUGCAGCUGCCGGAGAGAGUGUAUAUGAGAUUCUCAAUCAGCCGCAUACGGACAUUGACGUCUACUCCAAGAACGGUCAACAAGCAACAGAAGACGACAUGAAGGCCGACAUAGCUUUCCGUGAUGUCAACUUUGUCUAUCCUGCAAGGACGACAGCUCGUGCGCUAGAUGGCCUGAAUCUAACACUCAAGGCCGGGCAGAUGAAUGCCAUUGUUGGUACCAGCGGCUGUGGUAAAAGUACUCUUGUUUCAUUACUUCUACGAUUAUACGACAUAUCAUCUGGAGAGCUACUCAUCGGAGGACAAGAUAUCAAAGUCUUCAACAUCAACAGCUUGAGAAAAUAUACCGCCUUGGUCGAUCAAGACUCAGUCUUAUUCUCUGGUUCGGUUUUGGAAAAUAUCGGUUACGGACUCGGUGAACACUCUCUAGAACAAGACACUGUCAUGGAAAGGUGCACUGAAGCCGCCAAGUCAGCGAAUCUUGACUUUAUCGAUUUCUUACCCCAAGGCAUUCACACUCGCGUCGGCAACGGAGGUUACACGCAGCUCAGUGGCGGUCAAACACAACGCAUAUGCUUGGCACGCGCGCUGGUCAAGAGACCGUCACUACUCCUACUUGACGAGCCUACUGCGGCUCUGGAUGCAAACAGUGAGAUGCUGAUCAUGGAUGCGGUCAAGAAAGUUGCUGCAGCGGGUACAACGGUAGUCAUGGUAGCACAUCGGCUGUCCACCGUGUCAGACUCUCCCAAUAUUGUGCUCAUGGGUGCAGGAAAAGUCAUUGAACAAGGCAACCACGACGAGCUCAUGCAGCUGGACGGGGCAUACAGCAAUCUCAUUCAGGCACAACAGCUAAACGGUACGGAUGACUCAUCAGCGGAGGUCUCUCCAGCGAGUACUAGUCUGGAAAGUGUACUCAAACCAAAGGAUGAUUCGGCCUCUAGCGACCCUGAGAUACCCCUGACAGAGACGAAAUCCAAAGAGAAACCAGUCAAGAAGGCGGGAUUUUGGCAGCUUUUGCUAAGAUGUCUUCGUCUGGCCAAUUCGGACUCCCCGAUCAUCGCCCUCGGUCUUACUGCUUCCAUCAUCUCUGGCGGCAUCAUCCUUGGUGAAGCCAUCGUCUUUGGUAAUCUCAUUUCAGUCUUGAACGAUCUGGAAAGUCCGAACUUCAGGGACAGGGCAGACUUCUUCUCGCUCAUGUUCUUCAUUAUAGCGUUGAUUGCGUUUUUCUCGUAUGCUCUCAACGGCUGCUGUUUUGGUGUGGUCUCUUCGCACUUUAUCGCCAAGGUUCAACAUAUCUCCCUCGUCAGCAUUUUACGUCAAGAUAUGCAGUGGUUCUCGGGUCGCUCAGUCUCUUCGGUCAUGAGCAGUCUCAAUUCUGAUGCUGGUCAACUCGCUUGUCUGUCUGGUGUUGCCAUUGGUACUAUCUUUACGGUGUGCGUAUCAAUCACCGGUGGCAUCAUCUUGGCUCAUGUCGUUGCAUGGAAGAUUGCUGUCGUCUUGCUAGCCGCCGUCCCUGUCAUGAUCAUGGCUGGAUAUGUAAGACUACGAGUGCUCGCUCUUGCAGAGAACAGACACAGGUCUGCAUAUAACGACGCCGCUUCUAUCGCGGCAGAGGCUUGCAGAGGCAUCAGAACCAUUGCAUCUCUUGGCAGAGAGCGUGGUGUCUCAAAGUCGUUCAACGAGGCAGUCCGCAAGCCUUAUGAGAAAGGUAUCCGAUUCACGCUAAUCUCGAACACUCUGCUUGCGCUGAGCUUCUCCAUCACUUACUUUGUGUAUGCCCUUGCUUACUGGUGGGGUGCUCGACAAGUGAGAAAUGGCACGUACGGUCAGUUGGAGUUCUUCAUCGUUCUCCCCGCUCUGCUUUUUUCUGCCCAGAGCGCUGGACAAAUUUUCAGCUUGUCGCCAGAGAUGUCACGGGCUGGGGUGGCUGCUCGCAAUGUUUUCGGUUUGCACGAUCAGAAACCAUCUAUCGUGACUGAUGACAGCAAGGAAUCUGCACGAAAGCCAAUCCCUGAUGAGACCAUCCCGACCCUCGAUGACAAGCCUGACUCUUUUUCUGGGGGCUGGAUAGAGUUCAAGGAUGUCAGUCUGUGUUACCCUUCUAAGCCUCAACAUCCAGCGCUGCAGAAUGUGAACAUUUCCAUCAAACCAGGAGAGUUUAUUGCACUUGUCGGUCCUAGCGGAGCAGGCAAGUCGACCGUUCUCACACUUUUGCAGCGUUUCUACGAUCCGACGACCGGGAGUGUCCUCUUAGACGGCCAAGACAUACGUGAGGUAGCCGUGUCAAAACACCGAGGUCGUCUAGGCCUUGUGCCUCAAGAGCCAGACCUCUUUCCUGGGUCUAUUUCGUACAACAUCGGCUUGGGCGCUGCACCAGAUCAAACGGCAACUCGAGCGGACAUUGAGGAAAUCUGCGAAAAGUGUGGUAUUCAUGAGUUCAUUAUGAGUCUACCCGAGGGCUAUAACACGGAGUGUGGUACCAAUGGCUCCAAGCUAUCAGGAGGACAGAAGCAACGUAUUGCCGUGGCUAGAGCAUUGAUCCGGUCACCCGAGGUACUGCUUCUCGACGAGUAUACCUCUGCUCUUGAUGCUCACUCUGAGCAACAAAUCAAAGAAGCUGUUGACGGUGCAAGUGUGGGUAGAACGACUAUUGUUGUAGCACAUCGACUCUCCACCGUACAGAAUGCUGACAGGAUAUUCGUUUUCGACGACGGACGUAUCCAGGAAGUCGGUAGUCAUGCCGAGCUCGUCGCUCAAGGAGGUCUAUACGCAGGCAUGGUGAAGGCACAAACGCUAGCAUGA